AUGUCCAGUAUCGAAAUAAUUAAACCAGAUCCAGACUACAAAAGUUAUAGAUAUCUUCAAUUACAAAAUGGAAUUAGAGUUAUGCUUAUUUCUAAUGUAAAGCCUGGAGAAACUAUUGAACCUCUUGAUGAUAAUCAGAAUGGUGUGAACGAUGAAAUUGAAUCACAAGGAAGCCAUGAGGAAGUUCCCGAGUUUGAUUUACGAAAAUCUGCUGCCGCGCUUGCUGUUCAUGUAGGCAGCUUUUCGGACCCCAAAGAAGCUCAAGGAUUAGCUCACUUCUUGGAGCACAUGGUUUUUAUGGGCAGUGAAAAAUAUCCUCGUGAAAAUGAUUUCGAUGAUUAUGUCUGCCAUCGAGAUGGUUCUCUUAAUGCUUUUACAGACGGUGAUUAUACUACUUUCUACUUUGAGAUACAAAGAAAUUACUUCAAGGAGGCCCUUGAUCGUUUUGCACAAUUUUUUAUCUCUCCAUUACUACGUAAAGAUUGCGUUGAUCGUGAACUGGAAGCUGUUGACAGCGAAUUCGAGCUCUCUAAAGUGAGUGAAUCGUGUCGAUUGUCUCAUUUGAUUACCCAAUUAUCCAAAGCGGAUUCUCCUUACGCCAGUUUCAUGUGUGGCAAUCGAAUUUCAUUGAAAGAAAUACCCGAUUCCGCUGGAACGAAUAUUUACGAAUUGCUUAGAAAAUUCCAAUGUCAUUAUUACAAUGCUUCACUAAUGACACUAGCAAUUGAAUCGAAAGAUACACUCGAUUCGCUUGAAACCCUGGUGGAAGGAAUUUUUAGUUCUGUUCCGAAUAGGGAGUACAAAGCCCCGGAUUUCUCUAUCCAUGUUAACCCUUUCCCGGCGUCGGUUUACAAGAAGCUAUAUAAAGUUGUGCCCAUUAAGGAGACAACAACAUUGCAUUUUGUAUGGAGUCUACCACCUAUGCGUUCUCAUUAUAGAUCUGCGGCUUUAAAAUUCCUUUCAACAAUCUUUGGAUAUGAGGGGAAAGGGAGCUUGUUAGCAUUCUUGCGAAAGAAGAAUCUCGCCAUGUAUUUGUACGCUGGAUGUUCGAAUGAUUGUUUGUAUGACAAUGACAUGACUGCUCUGUUCGAAAUUACUAUCGGUCUGUCGGAUCUUAGUCGAUCAAAUCCUACUCAGGCAAGUCUUGUGACCUACGUCUUCUCUUUCCUACGAAUGCUUCGCGAUUCGGCCAACUUCAGUUUAGCGAAUCCAUCUGAUGAAGGCACACCUUGGGGUGAUCGCUCCUUUGCCUCUCUCAUUCCCGAGUUCCAGCAAAUUUGGGCGGCCACCUUCCGUUUCCAAGAGCCGAUGGAACCUCACGUGGAAGUUCAGAGCAUUGCGUUGGCGCUUCGACUUUAUCCACCGGAAGAAGUUAUUGCUGCCGGCAAAAUCAUGUUUGAGGGGGAUCUGAAGACGUACGUCGAAAUAGUGAACCUGUUGAAACCCGAAACUGCGAUAAUGGCGGUCAUGUUGCCAGAAUACAAAGCUGAAGCUGCUAAAGACAUUAACUGUAAGCAAUUUCUCAAAGAACGUUGGUAUGGUAUUCGUUAUGCCGUUGAAGAUUUAUCAGAACAGGAUUUCGCAAAAUGGAAUAGUACGGAAGCUCUGCCGGAUUUCCAUUUACCUGAAGUGAAUCCUUUUGUUAUUACCAAGUUUGACCUUCUACCGAGAGCAGAAGACAAUGCGUUACCACGCGAAGUUAAUCUGGGAGCUUUGCAGAAGUUUGGUGAGCUCUGGCACCAACAGAGAACAAAAUACAACAUCCCUGUUACUCACAUGUAUGUGGAGUUGAGUUCUGAUGUGAUGCAAACGCCAAAGGACGUAGUGGUAGUGGGACUGUGGAUGCAGGCUUUUAAUAAGCGCUUGCUCACUCUUCUUUAUAGUGCAACAGAGGCAAAUUACGAGUUUACGGUAAAUACAAUUUCUCGGGGAAUCGGAAUCAGCGUUGCCGGUUUCACGGAGAAGCACUUCCUUCUCUAUCGGAAGAUUAUCUCUCUGUUGAAGAAACCUCUGAUUGCUGACAACGAUGAGGAUUCUCUAAUCACCGAAGAAAGCUUCAGUGUUCUCAAGGAAAGUAUGCGACAAUCUGCAAGUAAUAAGCUACUCAAUCCCAAGAAAUUGAAUGGUCACAUUAAAAAGUACUUCCGCCUGGCGGACAGACAUAUUGCUGAGGACUCCAUGAAUGCCUUAGAAUCUCUCACUCUCUCCGACAUUCUGGAGUUUGUUCCCCGCUUCCUCUCGCGUCUCUACAUUAGAAUGUUUGGUUUUGGCAAUCUAACAGCCAAUGAUGCGCUGAACUAUUUCGAGUACACUCAAUCCACACUUCGCCCUACUGAAGUAGCUAUUUUGAAACCAUACGUCAAGGCCAAUAUUCCACCCGGUAUUAACAGAAUUCGUGUGAAGAAUUUUAAUAAAAUCGACGUUAAUAUGAGUUUAACUUUGCUGAAUCCUCUCGUUAAUACCCCAACGAGUGACCUUCAAACUGAAGUCCUCUGUGACCUCUUUGCUGGCAUUUUGAAUGAGCCGGCCUUCGCCUAUUUGCGCACCACGGAGACUCUAGGCUAUGAUGUGAAACUGGGACGGUGGUAUUUGAGUAACUCCACUUGUCAAUCGGGUAUCUCGGUCUGUGUUCAAAGCCAAGCAAAUAAGUUUGAUUGCAAUUUUGUGGCUGGUCGCAUGUAUGCCUUCUGGUAUCGCAUCGUCCCCCAAAUUAUCUUUAAUUUGAAGGAAGAAAGCUUUGAAACUGCUGUUGAGGCUGAGAUAGCGUCAAAUAUGACUGAAGAGGCAACCAUGGACGUGGAAUCGGAUCGUGUCAAACGGGAAGUCUUUUCAAUAUGCCAUGAAUUUGAGCGUCGUUACAAAUAUAUUGCAAUUCUCAAGCGUUUGAAGUUAAGUGAUCUUCAAGAGUUCUACAGGAAUACGUUCUAUGAUUUUGACAAGCAGCCCUCUAUCAUGAUUCAGGUAUGUCUCAAUUAUAAAAAUGAAUAG